AGAUCCUCUUAACGGAAACGCAAGCUUAACCGAAAUGCACGCAACUGGUACAACCCCCCGCCUUUCCGAUGGAGGAAUAUGUACUCCCACCCGCCUUUAUUUUUGCACGGUCCCUAUCGCUAGAUUGAUAGAUCUCAACUGAAGAACCGAACGAAUGAGAAAUGACGACUAGUACGGGUACGGGAUCGGAUGCAGAGGAGAGGAGCAACAAAGAUCAUGGCUCUCCCAACAAUAAUGCUCUUUCGCUGUUGAAAUCCUUCUUCUCAAUCAAUGGAAACAAGAGCAAAAAAGUUGGAGACGGAGAAACAGUUGCUGACGGUGAUGUUUCGCUUAAUCCCCCUUUGCCGUUUCUCUCCGCUCUCGCAAAUUCUGUCGCGUCUCGCUGCUCUAAGAUCCUUCACAUAUCUUUGGAAGAAUUGCAGAAUCGCUUUGAUUCAGAGUUGCCUGAUAAUCUUAAGCAGCCAUCACUCUAUGCGAGGAAUUUUUUGGAGUACUGUUCAUAUGAAGCACUCCGUGAGACAACCAAACACACUAAUUAUUUGUGGGAUAAUAACUUUCGAAGAUUGACGUUUGACAUGAUGCUAGCUUGGGAGGCUCCAAGUAGAGAACAUGAAGUAGUUGAACCAGAAAGUUCUACUAAUGUUCAGGAAGGGGAGGACGAUGGCCGGUCAAUUUUUUACUCUAGCUCCACCAAGAUGGCUGUUGAGGAUUUUUUUGUUAAUCUACACUCCACCCCAAACAAAUGUCAUCGACUUCACUUUCUUGUAUACGAAAAGUAUCUUCGAAGUCUUGAAAAGGUGAUAAAGGCUGUAAAUGCAGUUGCUUCUCAUAACAUGUCCAAUCUUUCUCUUAUGGAGGAUGAGGUUAUUUUAGAUGUAGAUGGAAUAGUUCCCACACAACCAGUAUUCCAGCAUAUUGGACUAUCUGCUUGGCCUGGACGGCUUUCUUUGAGCAAUCAUGCUCUUUAUUUUGAACCUGGAGUUGGUUUAUAUGACAAAGCUCUGAGAUAUGAUCUGGCGAUUGAUAUGGAACAGGUUAUCAAGCCUGAAUUAACUGGACCACUUGGCGCUCGCAUUUUUGAUAAAGCAGUGAUGUACAAGUCUUCAUCUAUGGCUGAACCUGUAUGCUUUGAAUUCCCUGAAUUUAAAGGAAGCUCAAGGCGUGACUAUUGGUUGGAUAUAUGUCUUGAAAUUCUACGUGCUCAUAAGUUCAUUCGCAGAUAUAACCUCACUGAUUGCGCGAGAUUUGAAGCUCUUGCUCGUGCACUUCUAGGGAUUCUUCGAUAUCGAGCAGUUAGAGAGGCUUUCCAUUUUUCUCCAUCCAAUUACAACACCCUGUUGUGCUUUAACUUGGCGGAAAGUCUUCCAGGUGGUGAUGCUAUAUUGGAAACGCUCUCAAAUCAUUUGGUAGUCAUGACUUCUGCUGGCCUUCGUCGUAGUUUUCUUGUCUCUCCAAAAGCUACAAAACAGGCCCCAGUUUCACACUGUAUGCUUCACAGACUUGGAAUUCUUUCAUUGAAGGAUGUGUUCAUGGAAGAUGUAACAUCUGAAGCUGGUAUUGCUUGUGUUGGUGAAACACAUCCUCUGGAAGUUGCAGUCAAGAUGUCCAGAAAGGACAUAGGGAGAGCUGAAGCUGCACAAGAAACUAUUGAUCGAGUUAAAGUGGAAGGCAUUGACUCCAAUUUAGCAGUAAUGCAGGAAUUGCUUUUUCCUCUUAUUGGAUUAUUAAAUCACCUUAAAUAUUUGGCAUCGUGGAAAGAUCCCUGGAAAUCAGUGACAUUUCUGAUGUGUAUUUGCUAUGCUACAAUCAAGGGAUGUAUUACUUAUGUACUGCCCAGCAUAAUGGUAUUGUUUGCGGUGGCGAUGCUCUGGCGCAGACUUGCACGGAAGGGAUCAACAUUGGAACCAUUGAAAGUCAACACUCCCCCACCUAAAAAUGCAGUGGAGCAGCUAUUAACAUUACAAGAAGCUGUCGCUCAAGUGGAGGCACUUAUUCAAGGUGGCAACAUUGUUCUACUGAAAAUACGGGCUCUCCUAUUUGCUGUUGUUCCUCAGGCAACUGAUAAGGCCGUACUCCUUUUGCUGUUCCUUGCUGUGGUAAUUGCUUUCGCACCCCUCAAGCAGGUGAUGCUGAUUUCAUUCUUGGAGCACUUCACAAGGCAGAUGCCUUUGAGGAGAAAUAGCAGUGAAAAGUUUAUUAGGAGGAUUAGAGAGUGGUGGAGCAGGAUACUAGCAGCCCCUGUUCAGCUUAUCAAACUGGAUGAUAAAAAGAGAAAGUGAUGGUUGAUGGAUUAUAUAUUCGGCAGCCAGUGAGAUUUCCUGAUGCUGGUGUUCUGUAGAUGUGGUCCAGUCCUCUUCCUCUACCAUUGCUCGAACUCUACUAAUUUUUAGGUUUGAGCUUUGUUCUUGUUAGGGGUGGGCAAAUCGGUUCAGUUUGACCGAACAAAACUGAACCAUAUGCAAUACGGUUUGAAUUUGGUAGUAUUUCUUCCAAACCAAAGUAAACCAAACCGAACCGGAACCAUUAAAAACUGAAUAAAACCGAACGGCA